CCGAGCGCGACGGUUAUACAACUCGAAUACGAAUUCAAGCGUGAGUGUGCGUAGAGUGAGUGUAGCGUAGCGUUCAUUAUACAAUUGGAAAAAAGGAGCACGUUUCGCCGCGAACGGACGACAACGACGGGCUGGGCGCUGGUUAAUAAACUAAACAAAUAAACAAGAGGAGGCAGCAGGCGUUUGGAAGCAUUGUUGCUGCCAGAAUAACAAAGCUAUGGCAACCGACAAUGCUCAUCCAAUGGAUGAGUUUUGUGGUUCAACAUUUUGGGAUGCCAAUGAGACCUGGUACACCGUAGAUCCAGAUUUUUCACCAUGUUUCGAACAGACCGUUCUUGUUUGGGCACCAUGUGCCUUUAUGUGGUUAUUUUGUAUAUUCGAUUUUUACUAUCUCAAGGCCAGUUUAGAUAAGAAUAUACCAUGGAAUAAAUUGAACAUAAGUAAAUUGUUGCUGACCUUGUGUUUGUUGGUGUUGACAGCGGUCGACUUUGUGAUGGCUCUUGUGAAGAGGGGCAAUGAAGAAACCGCUGAUCUUAUCUUUCCCGUUGACAUAUGGACACCCGUUAUUAAAUUUGCCACCUUUGUGCUUAUACUCAUAUUUAUACCUCUAAAUCGCAAAUAUGGUGUACAAACAUCGGGUUGUCAAUUCCUAUUUUGGUUCUUUUUGACCAUUCUAUCCAUACCGCGUUGUCGCACUGAAGUGCGGGCUGAACGCGAACGUUCCCAAGCAGUGGAAUCAACCAUUGGCGAUGAGCCUGAUUUCUCCUGGGAUGAAUAUAAAUACACCAGUUUCAUGAUCUACUUUGCCUUUUGCUGUGCUAUGUUAUUCCUGAAUUGCUUUGCCGAUGCUUUGCCCAGAGAAACCAAGUAUACACGCAGUAGCAAAGAAAUUCCAGAAAACUCGGCUAGCUUUUUGUCUCGUAUUACGUAUCAAUGGUUCGAUACCAUGGCCUGGCGUGGUUACAGAAAUCCUUUGGAAGAGAAGGACCUGUGGGACCUGCGUCCUCAGGAUAGCUGCAAAGAAGUUAUGCCCAUAUUUGCCUACUAUUGGAAUAAGAAUGUACGAAAGAACUACAAAGUUGAUCCCAGUCAGCCCAAGGUUAAGUUCAGCAAUGGCAAGGUAUCCUUUGAUAAUCCUCAUGGUGAUAAAAAUGGCCGUAAAAAGGGUGAAGCUUCUAUAAUGCCACCCAUUAUCAAAUCAUUCGGAGGAGUUUUCCUUUUUGGCUCCAUGAUGAAGCUAUUCACUGAUGUUUUGACAUUUGCUCAACCCCAAGUGUUGCGUUUAAUUAUUGGUUUCGUGGAAGAUUUUGCCGACAAUGGAAAGGAACGCCAACCCGAAUGGAAGGGUAUUUUCUAUGCUGUAUUAUUGUUCGUUUUAGCUGCCUUACAAACCAUUAUAUUGGGUCAAUACUUCCAUCGUAUGUUUAUUGUGGGUCUUCGCAUUCGCACGGCAUUGAUUAAUGCCAUUUAUCGCAAGGCUUUGGUUCUAUCCAAUGCCACUCGCAAGGAGUCAACUGUUGGUGAAAUCGUUAAUUUAAUGGCAGUGGAUGCCCAACGUUUUAUGGAUUUAACAACUUACUUGAACAUGUUAUGGUCGGCGCCUUUGCAAAUUGGUUUAGCCUUGUACUUCUUGUGGCAAUUGUUGGGCCCAUCUGUGUUAGCUGGUCUGGCCGUUAUGAUUAUUCUGAUUCCUGUAAAUGGUGUAAUAGCCAAUCGCAUAAAGACCUAUCAAAUCAGACAAAUGAAAUAUAAGGAUGAGCGUGUUAAAUUGAUGAAUGAGGUGCUAAGUGGGAUAAAGGUCUUGAAAUUAUAUGCCUGGGAGCCAAGUUUCGAAAAACAAGUUUUGCAGAUUCGAGACAAGGAAAUUGCUACCCUUAAGUCGACAGCAUAUCUCAAUGCCAGUACAUCAUUCUUAUGGUCCUGCGCACCAUUUUUGGUCUCAUUGGUCACAUUUGCCACAUAUGUUUUAAUUGAUGAAAAUAAUGUACUCGAUGCUACUAAAACUUUUGUCUCAUUAUCAUUAUUCAAUAUCUUACGUUUUCCCCUAACCAUGUUGCCCAUGUUGAUUUCCAAUUUGGUCCAAACACAAGUCUCUGUCAAUCGUAUAAACAAAUUUAUGAACAGCGAGGAAUUGGAUCCCAAUAAUGUACAACAUGAUCCCAAAAAACCUAAUCCCCUGUCCAUUGAAAAUGGUUCCUUCUCAUGGGGCGAUGGUGAUAUUACUCUAAAGAAUAUCAAUAUGCAAGUAAAGAAAAAUACCCUUUGUGCUAUUGUCGGAACAGUGGGUUCUGGCAAAUCGUCUGUGGUGCAAGCCUAUCUUGGAGAAAUGGAGAAAAUUUCCGGCAGUGUCAAUACAGUGGGCACCAUUGCCUAUGUGCCACAACAAGCUUGGAUUCAAAAUUCUACACUGCGUGAUAAUAUUUUGUUUGGACGACCAUAUGAUCGCAAACGUUACAAUCGUGUCAUUGAUGCUUGUGCUUUACGUCCCGACAUUGAGAUGCUUUCGGCUGGAGAUCAAACGGAAAUUGGUGAAAAGGGUAUUAAUUUGUCGGGUGGUCAGAAACAGCGUAUUUCAAUGGCUCGCGCCGUAUACAGUGAUGCGGACCUGUAUUUCUUGGAUGAUCCUUUGAGUGCUGUAGAUGCACAUGUGGGUAAACACAUGUUCGAAGAAGUUAUUGGACCCAAAGGGCUAUUGGCCAAAAAGACCAGAGUUUUAGUUACUCAUGGCAUUACGUUCUUGCCACAAACUGAUAACAUCUAUGUCAUGAAAUUGGGAGAAAUUAGUGAAAGCGGUACUUAUCAGCAUUUGCUGAAUAAGAAAGGAGAUUUCUCCGAUUUUCUGUUGCAACAUUUGCAAGAAGGUAGCGAAGAAUUGGAAGAGUUGGAUGUCAUUAAGCAACAAUUGGAGGGUACUUUACAAUCCGAUGAAUUGAAGAACAAAUUCCGCAAGGCAAUUACUUUGGCUAAACAGGAAAGUUUAUCUGAUUCUGUUUCGGUGCGUUCGUUUGAAAGUGGAAAUAGCAGUCUGAGACGACGCAGAAGAAUGGAUUCACAGACAUCCGUUACUUCGGUGGCAUCUAAAAAGGAUUUACAACUUGAGGAGCAAGGCAAACUGAUUGAAACGGAAAAAUCUCAAACCGGUGGGGUCGACUUUGCCGUUUAUAAACAUUACAUUAAAAGUGUUGGCAUUUUCCUAUCUAUGGCCACCUUGAUUUUAAAUUUUGUAUUCCAAGCAUUCCAAAUUGGAUCAAAUAUUUGGUUGACUAAGUGGUCCAACGAUAAAAACGUGGCCAACGAUACUAGCUUGCGUGACAUGUAUUUGGGCGUUUAUGGUGCCUUUGGUUUCGGACAGGGUAUAUGCUCUUAUUUUGCUGUAGUAUGCAUCUACUAUGGUACAUUUGAGGCUGCCAAGUCCAUCCAUAAUGAUCUCUUGAGAAUUAUAAUGCGAAAUUCGGUAUGCCGUUUCUUUGAUAUAACACCCCUCGGUCGUCUGCUGAAUCAUUUUAGCGGUGAUAUGGAAGUAAUUGAUGGAGAUCUCCCGGCGACAGUGGAUACUUUAUUGACAUUUGUGUUUUCGGUAUUGGCUACCAUUGUUGUGAUUAGUUUAUCCACCCCCAUAUUCUUGGCGGUAAUUGUGCCCAUUGCAUUUUUGUACUAUUUCGCACAACGUUUCUAUGUGGCCACAUCUAGACAGCUUAUGCGUUUGGAAUCUGUAUCGAGAUCACCGAUUUAUUCGCAUUUUGGAGAAACUGUCACAGGUGUUUCCACCAUACGAGCAUAUUCGGUACAAGAUAGAUUUAUUGAUGAAUCGGACAAUAAAGUGGACAAAAAUCAAAUUUGCAAAUAUCCCUCACUUAUUGCAAAUCGUUGGUUGGCCAUUCGCCUGGAAAUGGUGGGUAAUUUGAUUAUUUUAUUUGCCUCUUUGUUUGCUGUCUUGGGUGGUCAAACCAAUCCCGGCUUAGUGGGUCUCUCCAUCAGUUAUGCCCUGCAAGUAACACAAACUUUGAAUUGGUUGGUGCGCAUGUCCUCGGAUAUUGAGACGAAUAUUGUUGCAGUAGAACGUAUAAAGGAAUAUGGCGAGACUAAACAGGAGGCACCUUGGGUAAUCGAAAACAACAAAGUACCCAGAGAAUGGCCUGAAAAUGGUCAAGUAGUGUUCGAUAAUUUCAAAGUGCGUUAUCGUGAAGGUUUAGAUUUGGUGUUGCGUGGCAUAAGUUUCAAAAUUGCUGGCGGUGAAAAAGUUGGCAUUGUUGGUCGCACUGGUGCCGGCAAAUCGAGUUUGACAUUAUCUUUGUUCCGUAUCAUCGAAGCGUCUGGUGGUCGCAUUCUCAUAGAUGGUAUCGAUAUUGCCUCUUUGGGUUUGCACAUGUUGCGCUCUCGCCUUACCAUUAUACCUCAAGAUCCUGUACUUUUCUCUGGUUCUCUUCGCAUUAAUUUGGAUCCCUUCGAAGUGAAGAGUGAUGAUGAAAUUUGGAAAGCUUUGGAAUUAUCUCAUUUGAAGGCAUUUGUUAAAUCAUUGCCCUCCGGCUUGAAUCAUGAGAUUACCGAAGGUGGUGAGAAUUUGUCUGUAGGUCAACGUCAAUUGGUUUGUUUAGCUCGUGCCUUAUUGCGUAAAACUAAAGUUUUGGUGUUGGAUGAAGCCACAGCAGCUGUGGAUCUGGAAACCGAUGAUUUGAUUCAGAAAACUAUUCGUUCAGAAUUUAAGGAGUGUACAAUUUUGACAAUUGCCCAUCGGUUGAAUACAAUCAUGGACUCAGACAAAGUUAUUGUCCUUGAUAAGGGUGAAAUAUCGGAAUUUGAUUCACCUAAUAAUCUUUUGAAUAAUCCUCAAAGCGCCUUCUACAGCAUGGCUAAAGAUGCCAAUUUAGUGUAAACAUGAUUAUUUUUUUAAAUUUUAUUUUCUUUUUUCUGUGUUAAUUUAUUUACAUUCUACAAUGAUGUUGUAUGCUAACAGACACCAAACAUGAUCACUUUCCUUGCAAAACUCAGAGAAAACCACAAACCACCAAAUUUUUUUCCCACAAAAAAAAAACAAACACACAAAUUGUAAUAAAUCACUACAAAAGUCCACACUUGCAGAAAUUCAUUAAAAAAUUAUCAGCAUUUCUUGUAUAACAUGUUAAUUUAAUUUUUAUUUUUUUGGUGUUGUUUUUGUAUACAAAUUUUUCUUUUGCCUGAUGAGUGAUAAUUUCAAGUAUCAUUUUUAUGGUUUUGUUUUAUGAGAAAUGUUUUGAUUUAUAUAUUUUUUUCUUUUGACAUAUUUGGCGUUUUUGUGAAUAUUUUUGGGGGCUAAAGCCAGUAACAUCAAAUCUCCAAAAUAAAAUGUAACUUUUUUAAUAAUACAUUAUUUCUUAAAACUGCCCCUUAAUCUAAGUAGUACUUAACAAACGUCUAAAGUUCCCUAUAAAUAUUCACAUAAGCGUUUUUGCAUUUUGUUGGCAAUAUGAUUUUUUUUCUGUAUUAUAUAAUUUUUUGUUGUUGUAUAUACAAUUUGUGGUUUCUUUUUUUAACUUUAAUGGUUUUCUUCUUUUCUUUUCCAUAAAAACUUUAUCAAAGUCGUAAACGUUUGACAACACAAACUUCUGAAAGUGAAUUAUAAUCAAAAAACAAAAAAAAACCAAUUCAAUCAAACUUCUGAGAUAUACACGAAACGAGUUACUUAAACAAAAAAAAUUUUAAAAAUAACUUUAUAUAGCUUAAAAUGUUUGUAUAUACUACCUCAAUAUCCUUGCCGUCGAAAGGAUAUAAAUGCAACAAGCAAUGUGUUAAUACUGUAAGCUUAUAGGAAACAAUCCUGAGAACUUUAAUCGAUUUUGCUAUGGCGAAUGAAUGGAAAUGAGAGUUUCGUUAUAUAACACAUUGCCCAAAACCAUUUUAUAUACAUAUAAAUAUAUAUAUAUGUUUUUAGUUUUAAGAUUUCUAUUAUGUUUGCUUUGCUUUUGGGAAUUGGAUAAUACUUUUUUUACUACAUUAGCUAUAUGCUAAUAGUCUAUACUAACAGGAUUUUGGUUACCAAAAUUAUUAUAAAACACAAUCUAACAUCUAUCAACUCGAAUUAGGAUGUACAUCUUCAGGUGUAUUUAUAUAUAUAUAUAUAUAUUUUUUUUAAUUGGUGUUUACAAUUUAAAGUUUAGUAAAGUAUAAAGUUAUUCUUUUCAAAAUAUUGGCCAUACAAAUUUCUCUUAAUAAAAUCAAUUUUCAUAUAAGAUGAUAGAGUUGCUUAAAUCGAAGGAUUCAAUAGAUCAUUGCCCUCAAUUUUGAAUAAAAAUUCGUGUUAGCCCAUUAACGAAGAAUGGAUGGAUACAUCUUGGUUUAUAUUGUGUGAGUUACACAACAAAUGCACGCACUCAUCAAACGGAAUAAGUUAACCAACUCCCAACUCUGAAAGCCAAUAUUAAACCACAUUAUUGACAAUUUUUAGAAAUUCGUGUGAAGCAAAAGGUGCAUGGUGUAUAACUCAGCCCACAGAACGCAUGUGGGCGCAUUUGAUUGCUUAAGCACGCAUACCGCGCUGCGCGUGGUAUGUAACUCCAGUUUAAGGUGUUAAGGUAAUAGUAUGAAAGGUUUCAAGGCACCAGUUUACAAGCCCCUAAACUUGAUCACCCCAGCCUUUUGAAAAUUUGUGCGGUUAUCUGUCUCUACCCGUUCUCAAGCGGCAGAUUUUUUAACUGUUUUCUGUUCGAUCCCAUGGCGAAAUAAAGGUGGUCUCAUUUCUACAACAAGCACAAUCAUAUUGUGCAAUCAGCCAUCGAGCCAAUCGUCGUUUUGCCAACACACGCAAACAAAUUUGUGUGCGUGUGUAUACGUGUGCGUGCAUGGGCAGAGAAUAUGCGAGAUAGAAGAUAACAGCAAAGAGAAUACAAACAAAAAUCUGGCAUCUUAAUACCGUCAAACCUGGCCGGCUGUUAAUAGCUAUUCGCGAGAAACUACCUUUUUAAAUCCUCCUUGUUUCAAUCCCAGGCCAUUGUGUUGUGUGUAAAAGCACAGUUUUUUGAAUCACCCCAAAUUUUUGUCUAAAUAUUUUUUUUUGCAACUCUAACAUUCUUUGUAGACUUAUAUCUAUAACAAAACCCCACAACUCACAACAAAUCACAGCUUUAGAAUUAAAACGUUUACUAGCAGGCCAAUAUCAUGAACGCGCUCAUUUCCAUUCCAACUUUCGCUAAUUUUGUCAAAUUUUGAUUAAACUUCUCAGGAACUUUAGUAAACAUGUACAUCGUUGUUUCCUAUUCUUAAAAAUGUGAACUUUUUUUUGAGUAUAUAUUAGUGCGAUUUUUAAACAUGAAAAUGCAAACUAUAGCUGAAAUAUAUACUUAUAACCCAUAAAUUACCUAUGUAAUAUACAAACCAAUUAUAGCCAGAAUUUACUUACGAUUAUCGAUCUACUUAACACUUAAACUUAUUAUAAUUUUUUUUUUCAAUUGUUCCCACCCUUUUAAAAUAUUGUAAACAUCAAAAUAAAACAAAUUAUGGCCUAACAGACAAUAUGUAUACACGUGCAUAUUUUUCUAAAUUUUUUUUUUAUUUUCAUUUUAUUAUUAAAUUACAGAAAUUAUUUUAAUGUGGUCCUUAAGACUACACAGUGCUCGAUACAAAUCCCAAUUUUUUUUUUUUUUCGUUUAAGUAAAUCCAAAUGCAGUCAAAACUAUGUAAGGGGAACACUGUUAAGAAAGAAAUGUAAAAAAUAGUUUUCUUCAAAACCCAUCAAAUGGAAUAGGUCUUGUCUAGCAUAUUUUUAAUCAAAUUCUUAAGAAUUUGGUCAAUCCCAGAAAGGGUUUUUAAAUAAAGCAACUCAGCUGUUUUUCGAGCGAUUUGGAUCGUUCAAGCAUUCAUCCUUAAAGAACGUUUACACUGAUCAUUUAAAUCAAUUUUAAUGGCUCAAUCAUCUAUUUUCCCUUUAUAAAAUCCGCUGACUUGAACCAUUAAUACGGAUUUAAUGAGCAGUGCAAUCGGGGUUUUGGCGGAUUUGGUUUAGGGCUGUGGAUUCUAUCGCAAUUAAGGUUAUGAAGCCGGAGUCGGAGUAAGUUUGUUUCGACUCCGACCAAAAAAUCCAACUUAGAGUCGAAACCCAACCAAGUCAAGAGUCAGAGUGGAAACAAAUCGCUAGUGGCGAAGACUCGUAGUAUGGAGUCAAAUUAAAGAGAAACAGCGAGACUGGUGGUAAAGAUGUUAUUUAAUUUGCAUAGCUUUUGCAUUUUUUAAUAAAUUCGCAGUAUAGGAAAAUGCAUUUAAACGAAAUUGCAAUGUUUUCACAAAAAAAAAAUUUAUUUUUUUUUUUGUAAAUUUAACACAAAACACAUGCAGUUUUAUAAACAUGUAAUUUUUUUAUACAAGGUUACCAUAUAGUCAGUUAAAUUCCCUAAAAAUUGUUAUCAACGUAACGAAUUUUUAUGAAAAUGUGGCAAUGUUUUCAGAGAAAAAUGUAUUGAGAGCGACGCUGCCAAAAUAGAAUAUAAUAAUAUAUUUCCGCUUCAUAACGCAACACUCUGACUCUAGCCGUGGCGGAUUUUUAUUUUUUCCCAUAUAAAAUGUAUCUUAACAAUUUGACGCUAACUCUGGACUCUUUGAUUGGGUUUAGACACUGCCUAAAUAGAAUAUAAUAUAUUUCCGCUUCAUAACGCAACAAUCUGACUCUAGCCGCGGCGGAUUUUCAUUUUUUUUCCUUAUAAAAUGCAUCUAAACAACUUGACGCUAACUCUUACUCCCAAAGGUAAGACUAUCCAGCUCUGAUAUGGUUAAUUUUUUUUUUGAUUGGCUUCACAUGGAGCUGGGUAUUCUGUUCGAGCGGAAUGCUGUCUAGCUACAUACAAAAAAACGUUGACUAAAAAUAGGCGAAAAAGUAGUACUCUGUAGUCAGGAUGCACUAAUAAGGUGAGGUCAUGGGAACAGCUGUGUUAAAUUUUUUUUAUUUUUGUUUUGAUUUUGCAGUAAAUCUGCACUAAUAAGGUGGGGUCAUGGGAACAGCUAUGUACAUUUUUUUUUAUUUCUGUUUUGAUUUUACAGUAAAUCUAAAUGUCAAAGGCUUGAAAACACAGCUGUAAUAUUUUUCUAAAAUCUUAAAAAUAUGUUCUAUUUGAUCCAAUAUUUCACACAUAAGCAACAAAAAUAGUGUUAUAAUGACGAAAAAAAAAAUACAAAUAUAAACCAUAUUUGUAAAAGAUAAGUUUUAAAACAAACUUUAUUUGUAAAACCGCUUUGCCAUUUCAAUUUACGGUAUUUGCCACUGAAGGUAGUUUCGUUGGGGGUAGAUUUUUGUUGUUGUGCUAAUGACGCUACCUCUUCGUAGUACCAUGCUCUGUAGUAUAUAAAUUAGUAUUAUCUAAGAACAUGCUGCAAGCAGAAUGCUGCUCUCAAUGGCGUUUACAUUUUCAUAAUAUGCAUUAUUUCCUUUACCGUGAAGGAAACUAUGGCGUAAUGCACGUAUAUAGGGUUUCGGCCGUCUUAGCUUUCUAUAUGUUUCUUUUUGCGAUAAAUUUGUUUUUUUUGUCCGAGCUGCUUGCUUUUCGCGAAUAUUCCGAAAGCAGAAUAGAAUACAAACUUACAGACAUGUGUUUACAUGUACGUUCGAUGAAAUAAGAGUUGCCACAUUUGAAAAUACAUAUGAGAAUAGUACCACCUUUGCUACACACCCUGCAUUACUUAAUAUAAAAACCUCCCAACACCCCCUUAUCCGGUUUUGACUGCAUUAUAUAUAUUUUUUUUUCUUUCGUUUUUUUUUUUGUUUUCUUACAAGUAUUGUGUAAUUUAUAUAUUUAUUUAAUAUGCAAUAAAAAUUGCAGUUGAAAGUAUAUCAGUUAAAUCUAAA